UGUCUCAGUCAUUGCAGUGAUGCUCCAGCAGCCUCUCCUCUCCUCCUCUCCUCGUCUCCUCUGUCCUUCACUGGCGUGGUGGACUCUGCAGAAGCUUCAGUGGAGACGAUGAAGCUGAUCCAGGAUCAGAGAAGCUGUGAGACCUGGAUGUGAAGGUCAAAGGUCAUGAUCGACUGGCCCAAUGAGACCGAAUCUGGCCUGGAGGAGCUGGACCUGAGACCUGAGGACCUGCAGAAAUCCACGUGCGUUCUGGGCUUCGUCCCCGUCGUCUACUACAGCGUCCUGCUCUGUGUGGGUGUCCCAGUGAACAUCCUCACGGCGGUGGCGUUGUCCAGAUUAGCGUCCCGCACUAAGAAGACUCUCUACUGCUACCUGCUGGCAGUGACGGGUGCCGAUAUCCUCUCACAGCUCUUCAUCAUCUUCGUGGGCUUCCUCCUGGAGACGGCCGUCUUCCACCGCGACGUCCCAGCGCUGCUGCUGCACUCCGUCAGUGCCGCAGAGUUCGCCGCCAACCACGCGUCCAUCUGGUCCACCGUCCCGCUCACCGUGGACCGUUACGUGGCGCUCUGCCACCCGCUCGUCCACCGCCAGAUCAGCUACCCGGAGCGAGCCAGGAAGAUCAUCGCGGCGGUGCUAGCGCUGUCGCUGGCGUCCGGCGUCCCGUUCUUCUGGUGGUCGGACAUGUGGAGGGACAGCCACCCGCCCACCGCGCUGGACUCCGUCCUCAUCUGGACGCACGUGACCAUCAUCUACUUCCUGCCGUGCAGCAUCUUCUUGGUGUUGAACUCUCUGAUCUUACAGACGCUGAGGAUGCGGCAGAAGCUGCAGCGCCACCAGGAGGACGGGGGGUCAAACGUGGCACGGCUGCAGCGGCGACCGCUGGGUAAGACCACGGCGAUGCUGCUGGCGAUCACGUCGGCCUUCUCGGUGCUGUGGGCGCCAAGGACGGCGGUGGUCAUCUACCACCUGUACGUGUCCUCGGUCCACAGGAGCUGGCGCGUCCACCUGGCGUACGACCUGUCCAACAUGCUCGCCAUGCUCAACACCGCGGUCAACUUCUUCCUCUACUGUUUCGUCAGUAAGCCGUUCCGUGGCGCCGUGCGUGACGUGUUGCUGCUGAGGGGCGGUCCCGCGCUUUCCCGCCGCGCGCUGCCGCAGCAGCAGGCCACCGCCAACGCCUCCAUGUCCUCGCUGUACGCCGGCAACAACAAACGCUUGCAGCGGGAGUCCAACAGAAAAACCUCGUGACCCUGCGCUCCCUCCUCUUUGUCCCAAACGCUCCACGUCCCACGGUCCCUGAACUUGUGCGCCCCCGGGGACGCCCUGUGGCGGUGAGCGUGGACCUCAGCCAGAGCGUCCGGCGCCGCUCAAACACACAACGUGUGUGUGUGUCGCUCGUUCCACACAAAACGACCACGUAUUUAUUUUUCUUACAAAGAAUUUAAAAGUUUUUUUUUUCCCAUAGAUGUUUGAAUGUGACAGAGUUUUUUUUACAGUGUUACAUAAAGUUUGUUUUUCUGUGAUGAAAUCAGUCGAAAAAAGAAAAAAGCUGCUACGUGUUUAAAGUGUGACUGCUCUGAGCGCCCCCUGCUGCUGAGAACCAGCCUCACACACGGAGGGUGAAAACAUGGCUGUGAGACAGGAAACUGAAGUUUGUAAACCACUCACUCUCCCACACCAAACCUCAGAGAGAAAAUCAGUGAUUUUAGCUGCGGGGACACAAGAGCUGCUCGUCCUCUGCUGCCUCGUGUGGUCACUUUGUGUCACUGAGUUAAGUCUUAAUGAAAUAUUUCAAAUGCCAAAUUCACUAAAAUCAGACAUUUGAAGUUAGUGAUGGAGGCAGCAGAGGAUCAACAACUCCUGUGUGUGUGAUGUUAAAAUCACUGGUGUUCUCUGUGGGCUUUGGUGUGGGAGAGUGAGUGGAUAUCAUAGACUUAAACUGACGUAGAUUUUAUGACUACGAGUGUUUUGCAACAUGUCUUUAAAAUCUUGUUUUUACAUGUUUUAGCAUCUGUGUCAGUUCCUCACACAAGUAAAAACAAAAGAAACCGA